GGGAAGCGAGGAGCCGGAACCCGGUGAUGCCCCGCCGCCCUCGGGGAAGCCGGGAAGCCGAGCCCCGCGGGAUCCGUCCUUCAUGCCGCCGACUGGCUUAGAGCCCGCCAGAAUGAACAGGAAGAAAGGAGACAAAGGCUUUGAAAGUCCAAGACCAUAUAAAUUAACCCAUCAGGUCGUCUGCAUCAACAACAUAAACUUCCAGAGAAAGUCUGUUGUGGGAUUUGUGGAACUGACUAUAUUUCCCACAGUUGCAAACUUGAAUAGAAUCAAGUUGAACAGCAAACAGUGUAGAAUAUACCGAGUAAGGAUCAACGAUUUAGAAGCGGCUUUUAUUUAUAAUGAUCCAACCUUGGAAGUUUGUCACAAUGAAUCAAAGCAGAGAAAUCUCAACUACUUUUCCAAUGCUUAUGCAGCUGCGGUGAGUGCUGUGGACCCUGAUGCAGGAAAUGGAGAACUUUGCAUUAAGGUUCCAUCAGAGUUAUGGAAACACGUUGAUGAAUUAAAGGUCCUAAAGAUACACAUCAAUUUUUCUUUGGAUCAGCCAAAAGGAGGUCUUCAUUUUGUGGUACCCAGUGUAGAGGGAAGUAUGGCAGAGAGAGGUGCUCAUGUUUUCUCUUGUGGGUAUCAGAAUUCCACAAGAUUUUGGUUCCCAUGUGUUGACUCAUACUCUGAAUUAUGUACAUGGAAAUUAGAAUUUACAGUAGAUGCUGCGAUGGUGGCUGUUUCCAAUGGAGAUUUAGUGGAGACAGUGUAUACCCAUGAUAUGAGGAAGAAGACCUUCCAUUACAUGCUUACCAUCCCAACAGCUGCGUCAAAUAUCUCCUUGGCCAUUGGACCUUUUGAAAUACUUGUAGAUCCAUAUAUGCAUGAGGUUACUCAUUUUUGUUUACCCCAACUUCUUCCAUUGCUUAAACAUACCACAUCAUAUCUUCAUGAAGUUUUUGAAUUUUAUGAAGAAAUUCUUACAUGUCGAUACCCAUACUCCUGCUUUAAGACUGUAUUCAUCGAUGAGGCUUAUGUUGAAGUGGCUGCUUAUGCUUCUAUGAGCAUUUUUAGCACAAAUCUGUUACACAGUGCCAUGAUUAUAGAUGAGACACCUUUGACUAGGAGGUGUUUAGCCCAGUCCUUGGCCCAGCAGUUUUUUGGGUGUUUUAUAUCCAGAAUGUCUUGGUCUGAUGAAUGGGUACUGAAGGGAAUUUCAGGCUAUAUAUAUGGACUUUGGAUGAAAAAAACUUUUGGUGUUAAUGAAUACCGCCAUUGGAUUAAAGAGGAGCUGGACAAAAUAGUGGCGUAUGAACUGAAAACUGGUGGAGUUUUACUACAUCCCAUAUUUGGUGGAGGAAAAGAGAAGGAUAAUCCAGCAUCCCAUCUACACUUUUCAGUAAAGCAUCCACAUACGCUCUCCUGGGAGUACUACACUAUGUUUCAGUGUAAAGCUCACCUUGUGAUGAGAUUGAUUGAAAACAGGAUCAGUAUGGAAUUCAUGCUACAAGUAUUCAAUAAACUGCUAAGUUUGGCUAGUACAGCUUCAUCUCAGAAGUUCCAGUCACAUAUGUGGAGUCAAAUGUUGGUUUCCACGUCUGGGUUUUUGAAAUCCAUCUCAAAUGUCUCUGGCAAAGACAUUCAGCCUUUAAUAAAGCAGUGGGUAGACCAGAGUGGAGUGGUAAAAUUUUAUGGAAGUUUUGCAUUUAAUAGAAAACGAAAUGUCUUGGAAUUAGAAAUAAAACAAGAUUAUACAUCUCCUGGAACUCAGAAAUAUGUGGGACCGCUUAAAGUGACAGUGCAGGAAUUAGAUGGAUCCUUCAAUCAUACAUUGCAAAUUGAAGAAAACAGCCUUAAACAUGAUAUACCCUGCCACUCCAAAAGCAGAAGGAAUAAGAAGAAAAAAAUUCCACUGAUGAAUGGAGAGGAAGUUGAUAUGGAUCUUUCUGCAAUGGAUGCUGAUUCCCCUUUGCUGUGGAUAAGGAUAGACCCUGAUAUGUCAGUCCUGAGGAAAGUAGAGUUUGAGCAGGCUGACUUUAUGUGGCAGUACCAGCUCCGCUACGAGAGGGAUGUCGUGGCACAGCAAGAGUCCAUCUUGGCCUUGGAGAAGUUCCCCACGCCAGCGUCGCGGCUUGCGCUCACUGACAUACUAGAACAAGAGCAGUGUUUCUACCGAGUAAGAAUGUCAGCUUGCUUCUGCCUUGCAAAGAUUGCAAAUUCAAUGGUGAGCACAUGGACAGGACCACCAGCCAUGAAGUCACUCUUUACUAGAAUGUUUUGUUGUAAAACUUGUCCAAACAUUGUGAAAACAAACAACUUUAUGAGCUUUCAAAGUUAUUUUCUACAGAAGACUAUGCCUGUUGCAAUGGCUCUGUUGAGAAAUGUUCACAACCUUUGUCCCAAAGAAGUCUUAACAUUUAUUUUAGACUUAAUCAAGUACAAUGACAACAGAAAAAAUAAGUUUUCAGAUAACUAUUAUCGUGCAGAAAUGAUUGACGCCCUUGCUAACUCUGUUACACCAGCAGUCAGUGUGAAUAACGAAGUUCGAACUUUAGAUAACUUAAAUCCGGAUGUGCGGCUUAUUCUUGAAGAAAUCACCAGGUUUUUGAAUAUGGAAAAACUUCUUCCAAGUUAUAGACACACCAUCACUGUGAGUUGUCUGAGAGCCAUACGAGUGCUUCAGAAGAAUGGACACGUGCCGAGCGACCCAGCUCUUUUUAAAUCGUAUGCAGAAUAUGGCCACUUUGUGGACAUUAGGAUAGCAGCUUUGGAAGCAGUUGUUGAUUAUACUAAAGUGGAUAGGAGUUAUGAAGAACUGCAGUGGCUACUUAAUAUGAUUCAGAAUGACCCUGUACCCUAUGUAAGACAUAAGAUUUUAAACAUGUUGACCAAGAACCCACCAUUUACUAAGAACAUGGAGUCUCCCUUAUGCAAUGAAGCCCUGGUAGAUCAACUUUGGAAACUUAUGAAUUCUGGCACUUCACAUGACUGGAGGCUACGGUGUGGUGCUGUGGACUUGUACUUCACACUUUUUGGCCUCAGCAGACCUUCCUGCUUACCCUUGCCAGAGCUUGGGUUGGUUCUUAAUCUAAAAGAGAAAAAAGCUGUCUUGAAUCCGACCAUAAUUCCAGAGGCCAUCACAGGCAACCAAGAAACUGCACUUAAUCCAAGUAGCCACGCACAGCUAGUUGGAUUUCAGAACCCUGAAGAUGAUCACCUUGCCAAAGAAGCAUCAUGUAAUAUAUCAGCUCAUCAGCAGGGAGUGAAGAGGAAGUCUGAUACACCACUGGGGUCCCCACUAGAACCUGGUCAAAUACUGGAGAAGAAUGAGGAUAGCAGUAAAGUCAAACUCAAAAUCAGAUUUUCAAGUUCUCAAGAUGAGGAGGAGAUAGAUAUGGAUACUGUUCAUGACAGCCAGGCAUUCAUUUCUCAUCAUUUGAACAUGCUUGAAAGGCCGUCUACUCCAGGGCUUUCUAAAUAUCGGCCAGCUAGCUCUCGGUCUGCUUUGCUGCCCCAGCAUUCGCCAGGGGGUGAUGGCACACCCACCACGAAACCCCCGUGGAGUCUGGAUCUUGCGCGGAAGGGAACAGGUAAAGAACAGUCCCCCUUGGAGAUAAGUAUGCAUCCAGUUGCCACAGCUCCACUCUCAGUGUUUGCUAAGGAGUCGACGUCCUCCAAACACAGCGACCACCACCACCACCACCACCACGAGCACAAGAAGAAGAAGAAGAAGCACAAACACAAGCACAAGCACAAGCACAAGCACGACAGCAAAGAGAAGGACAAGGAGCCUUUCACUCUGUCCAGCCCCGCCAGCGGCAGGUCUAUUCGCUCUCCUUCUCUCUCCGACUGAGCGGGGCAGGGGACUUCCCUCGGGGUCUGGGAGAUCGUGUAACUAAAGCUUUGGCCUCUGUGAAAAAUGAUAAAAUGGGGGGAAAUUACCUCCCAUAGAAAUUCAGAAUCCAUUUAAAUUCUAAGUAAUUUGAUUUACAUUAUUUAUACACUUGGGAUGUGAUAAGGAAAAUGUGUUUAUGUUCUGGGUAAACCAUUUCGUCCCAUUACGUCCUUACAGUGUGCACACAUGCGCACACACCCCUGCACACAGGCAGCCGUGUUUUCACAGAGGCAGUCCCCGCGCAUCCUGGAUCCCAUGUGUACUGCCAGGAAUGGUCUUUGAAAGCCUGUGAUGGCUGUUAUCGGGCAAAGUUUUAAACAGAAGCUACUGCCAAAUAUGUGGUGAAACCGCUCUCUCCAGGGAUAUAUUACACGACACCCUUGGGAGUCCUGAAGGAGACAAGCUUUCCUGUAGCGAUCUGCUCUGUUGCACGUUUUUAGUGUGUUAACCACAGAACCAAAGCAUCACAAUUUCUAAAUAAGACUACAUGGUAAUUUGCCCUAAAUUACCGAAAUUUUUAGAAGCAGCUUUAAAAAAAAUUGAAUAACUCUUUUGAUAAUGCAUUUAGCAACUUUGAUGUUGGAAUUUAACAACUAUCAAAUCUAGCUCUCAAAUCAAGAUGUUUAAAUUAUGUUAUUUUUUCAUUAAGCAUAAGUGAAUAUGUCCAUAUGUAGAAUAUGUUUGCUAAAUUUGAACAAUUGACACCCAACACAUUUGAAAAUUAUUUCUAUAAAACCAAUUAUGAUACCUUAAAAUGGUGUCUGGAUACUGUUUAUCGACAUGGACAUGGACAAUUUGGCCCUCACGAGAGCAUACCGUAAGCAUUUAAAAAACAUGAACGUUUUGGUUUCAUACAUCAAUAGUUUGUAUGUUUGUUUUUAU